UUAGAUAAGACCGGUGUUUGUAAACUCUGCACACCCCUCGCAGUUGGUACUUUCCGUGUGACGUAGUAAGCAUUCAGCAGGCAGCUCCGCUCUCGGCUCAGCACUCAGAGAAGCUCCGUUGUUGUGGGUGAGAAGAAAGGCCCGACCAUCCGAGGGACACCCGGCGAAGCCAAGCAACCCUCAACCCCCAGCUUUUGUGGGACGUUUUUACCACUUACACUCCCGUCUUUAUUUAGCGAAAAUGGCCUGUGGAGCUACGUUAAAGCGGCCGAUGGAGUUCGAGGCCCUGUUAAGUCCUCAGUCUCCAAAGCGGAGAAGGUGCAAUCCUCUACCGGGGGCUCCCGGCACUCCGUCUCCGCAAAGAUGCAACCUGCGUCCCCCCAUCGACAGCCCCGCGCACCAGAUGUCUCCUCAAGCCAUGGCAGGAGAACAUAGACUCACCCCAGAGCAAAUCUUCCAAAACAUCCGCCAGGAGUACAGUCGGAUCCAGAGGCGGCGGCAGUUGGAAGGGGCGUUUAACCAGACGGAGGCCUGCAGCUCCAGUGACGUUCCCAGCCCCAGCUCCUCCCUCACCGCUCCCGUAUCCCCUCCAGGCGCAUCCAGGAAGGACCAGCCCUCGUUUACACUGAAGCAGGUGAGCUACCUGUGCGAGCGCUUGCUUAAAGACCACGAGGAGAAGAUCCGGGAGGAGUAUGAACAGAUCCUUAACACAAAACUCGCAGAACAAUAUGAAUCAUUUGUGAAAUUCACGCAAGACCAGAUAAUGCGAAGAUACGGCGCCCGGCCUGCGAGUUACGUGUCUUGAGCUCAUCCCUGAGAUCCCAGCUUCCUCUCUCAAGAUGGCCACUCUUCUUACUGCCCUCUUGAUUUUUCAUUUUAUCCUUCAAAUCCUCCUCUUCUCAAAAUGCAUAUUCGGGGUGCCAUGGUUUGUUAGAUUUAUAUCCAAAAUGUACAUUUUUAAUUCUUAUUCUGCUGGCCAAAAGUUACACAACAAGAUGAACAGCGAUGUUCCUCAGCCCGACCUUCUAUUUUUUAUUAGUAUUAUUUUUCAAUAAAACCUGGCAAACGUUCUCUUGACUGAAGCAAGUCUGCGUCCGACCCGCGUCCGGAGCUGUAGAAAAAAGAAGCGCAUUAUCUCGUGAUGAUUCUGUAGAACCUUUCAGUAGCCGCACCUGAAGGCUCCUGCUUCCCUCUCCAUCACAAUGUUCACCUGAGAAUGUGGAUUUUUCUCCCUUUUGAAGAAAAAUAAAGUUCUGUGAU